AUGGAGAGCUGGUUUCCAUGGUGUGGGGCUGGGGUGGGAUGCCUGCAUCCUCCCAGCUGCCUCCCAGCUUGGUGGUUCCUCCGUUUGCUGCUGGUGCCCUGGACCCUGCAGCUAGCAGGAGGGAUAUCAGUGACCCACACCGGCCUCCCUAUCAUGGUCUCUCUGGCCAACACGGCUGUCUCCUUUAGCUGCAGAAUCAACUACCAGGACACACCACAAUUCAAGGACUUCACCUUUAGCUUCUUUCAUGAGGAUCUCCAUGGCAAGAGAAGUGUGGAGAAGCCAAUUGACUGCAAACACAGCCCUGGUGCGGAGAACCAGACCCUGGAUUGCGAGGUUAAACUCAGCCUGCCAAAUGCAUCGGCCACAGGCACUUACUACUGCUUAGUCCAAGGACACACCUCAGUGCAGGGCAGCGGCACCUUCAUUCUGGUCAGAGACACAGCAUACCAGCCACCUUCGUUCAAGCGCCAGGAGGCCCUGCUGUUCAGUUUUACUGGCCUGCUGGGUGCCCUGAGUGUGCUGGGCACAGUUCUACUGCUUUGGAAGAAGAAACAGAUGUCAGUCCUGGGCAAGCAUAUUACCAGGACCUGCCCCGGUCCCAAAUCCACCGGCGGAACCACAAAGCCUCCGGCAGAAUCCAUCUACACGGGUCUACAGCCCCGAGAGACAGAGGUCUAUGCCUGCCUCGAAGGAGAGACUGGCAGCCCUGUCUCCAGCCAAAGUCCUCCCUCCAAGGAGAAACGGAAUAGGUUUGAGGAAGACAAUGAAUUUAACCUCGUCUAUGAAAAUCUCUAGGAGACGUUCCAUAAGUCCUGAGCCUUCUCUUGCAUUAGGGACCCAGAGCCACUUCCCUUGUCCGAGGACAUGAUCUGGGCCAGGAACAGGGCCCGUAGACCAUGCCAUCACCUGCACAUUCAGGCCUCUCCCUGACCUACUCUCCCAUCCUUCCUGCCAGCCAGAAGUUCCCAUCUCCGGGCUUUCACCCAGCCUUUUCCUCCAUCUAGAGAGCCAUUCUUUCCCUGAUCCUGUGGACAAAGGGUGCCUCAGUCCCCCCCCCGCCCCUGCCCUGGGCUCUUUUGUCCACCACCUCUUUCCCCCUUCAUCCUUUACUGCCAUCCCUACAGAGCUGUGUAUAUGGCUCUCUUGGCCCGGGUCUCCAUCUGGGCCCUCAGGCAGAUCAGGGCUGUGCCCAGCCACUGAGCCGUGGUCCCUGCUCAGUCAGCCCAAAGGCACAAAUUCACAGCCAGGCAUGGUGGCUCAGGCCUAUCACUGCAGCCUUCAGGAGGCUGAGUAGAAGGAUCGCAGUGAACUCAAGGCCAGCCUGGGCUACACAGUGAGGUCAAUGCAAUGAAUGACUGCCUGCCACAUACUGGGUGGAGCUGGGAAACGGUAUAGCUAAGGAGAAAUGAAGAGUAGGCAGUGAAGAACUGCACAAAAGCUGGCUGGGUCCAGGGCCGGAUGUGGAGGCUUAGGAUAUGGCAAGUGGCGGUGAAACAGGACCCGGAGCAGGGAGGUUCCACACGUACUGGUGAGAAAGGGAAGUCUGGCUUGCUUAGGGUAGCUCCUUUCCCCCAACAAGAACCCCGAGCUGAUUUCCCACCAGCCUGUGUGGGCACUCACCUCACUGUGCCUACUGCCCUUGGCUCUCCAGACCUCUUCCUUGCUCUACCCUAAGACCCAGCUCCCCCAAAUCCCUUCCUUGUGACCUCUUCUGGCCCCACCACCCGCAGCUUCAUCCUAUUUCUCUAUGUCUUUAUUUAUUUGCUUUUGGCCCAUGGAGACCAGCCUAGCUGUCUCCAUGCCACCUCCGUGUGACUCUGUGUGGCUUGGGCUCUGCUUUCCGGGGUAGGUGGGCGGGCGGGUCUCUGUGCUGAAGAAGCUCAAACCAGGGUGAACAAAAGUGAGCCUCAGCUUUUCUGCCCCCUCUCUCACCAGAAAUUCAUUCAAGGAACCCCUCAUUUCAUCCUCCAGGCAGCUCUGCAGUAGGGAAUCCAUCUCCUUGGAAGACAGGGACUGAAGGUCUCUGUGUCUGGGCUGCAGGGAUUGUUUCUCACCCUUCUUCCCUCCUUUGCCUUUCCCAGACUCAGUUUAUCUGUGAAACGGACAGGACAAUCUACUUCCCCUGCUUUCUAGGCUACUUCAAAAGUUCCUGGAAUGUUCUCAUUCCAAAGCCUGUGUGCACCCAGGGGACGUGGAGGUGUUAGUGUGCAGGCACCUAGCCUGGACCCAGCAGUACUGAACCAUCUCCCCUCAGGCAGCACCUUCUGUUCUGCAAGUGAGACCCUCCUUGAAGGAAGAGAAAGGCUAGAGCGGAAGACACAGGCUGAUCUUUGGAAGCCCACUGUGCCCCUGGGUAGUGGCACCAGGCUUUUCUGGGCCCAGUGGCCAGCAACCUACAAGCCUGGUUCUAUCGAGGCCCACUCUGUGAACAUCCAACAAGCAAAGCUCCUCAUGGGCUGGGUUUAGUGAAGGCCUGUGCUCCCCGAGGCUGGCUUAAUGAGUUCCUGGUCAGUGAAGGAGGGAAACUGUGUGGCACAGAGCUGUCCCCAGGCUCCUGACUCCAGCAGCCUGAGAGGAAGGUCAACGCUGGGAUGGGAACUGCAGUCAGCAAACACUUGGCUGCUACUUCGCCCGCAUCCUGAGCUCUAUGACCAGUUUCUGGACUCUCUGAGUGGGACUCAGGUUUCCCCUGCCCUUUCUCAGAGAGUGAUGAAGCCUGGUGUGAAUUCACAUGGUGCCCUGGCUGAGGACCCAGCACCCAGGCCUCCCAGAAGUCCCCAAUGUCCCCACUGCCUCUUCUCUAUAAAGAAGCUGAGGGGACCUGGCAAAACCUACUUUGUUUUUGUCCCUUGCCUGUGAAAAGCCUUCUGUGGCUUCUACUUUGCUUGCAAUAAAG